AUGGCGGACGUAGAUUAUUACACUCGAGGCGCGCCGCGUUCCAUGACCGUUCAUCACGACACGUUGCCUGCUCACGUUAGGACGGCAGCGUGCCUCCUCCUGUUGCUCCUCUACUGCUCACCGACGACGGCUGUCGCGCCCUUAUCAAGGCAGCUUGUAUCGAAGCUGCCCGCUGCUCGCCGCGGACGAGGGAUCUCCACGCGGACAGCUCCGCCUCGCACGGCGCAAUAUCUCGCUGCGCGGCGGGAGGAGAGAAGAUUAUUCUAUGAUCCCUGCGGGACAUAUCCUGCGUCGGAAGCGCGCGCAGCGGUGGGCGGAACCAGCAGUGCCUCGUCGCCGGCUUCGGCGGCUGACACGGCGGCUCUCAAGGCGGUCUACGCGGCCGCGCUGAUACCUAUCCCGACGGACCAGGACGCGUGCACGUGGUACGGCGUGUCUUGCUGCACCGGCAACACUGUUACCAUUCUAGACCUUUCGUACAACUACAACAACAGCAACCCUGUCGAACACCCACCCACGCCUCGCCUUUGCAACCGUACUGCGCGCGAACCUGGCAAAAAGUUCCCCGCAACCCUCUCCGAUUCUAUAGGCCAGUUAACGGGUCUCACCGAUCUCCGUCUGAAGGGCCUCUGGCUUGCUGGCUCGGUCCCGAUAUCGUUGUACCGGCUUACAAAAAUGCAGAAUCUCGACCUUAGCCAUAACUGCUUCGCUGGCCCUCUUCCUGCCGCCAUUUUUCGCAUGCCGGCGCUUAUCAGUGUGAUAGCCGGCCAGAAUUUCUUCUCCGGCGGGUUACCACAAAAUCCUGCUGCGUACGCGGCGGCUGAGUUAUCGACAAUGGAUUUCGGCAGUAAUAGGCUAUCCGGGCGGAUCCCCGCUGCCCUCGCAACGCUGCCGAGCCGUGAUAUGGCGCUUUAUUUGUACUCGAAUCGGCUAACCGGGAGUAUUCCCCCUGCUCUGCUGCAGAGAGUGUUUGCACUUUAUCUAAGUCAGAACCGGCUUUCCGGCGACCUGAGCGGGCAAAAAAUAAUGUCUUAUGCUUUUAGCGCAAGCGGGAACAGGCUGACCGGAAACUUCAACUCGAUCGGGUUCGGCCAAUCCGUGACGGGCAUAGACGUUUCGGACAAUUUGUUUUCGGGCUCGUUCCCUAAAAUCGUGUGCCAUCGGAGCAACCUAGCAUUCAAUUUUUCGCACAAUCGCCUGACAGGAGCCGUUCCAGCAGAUUGUUUCAACUCCGCAAGUUCCUUUCCGAAGGGCCUCUUUCUAAGCCACAACAAUUUCUCGGGCAGCUUGCAGCCGUUUUCGAACCUGCCCACGGACAUCACUGCUCUGGACCUUGGACCGAACAGGUUUACAGGGAGAAUUCCCCAACGCCUCGCCAGUCUACUCCAGCUUACAUACUUGAACCUCGGGGCAAACGCUCUGACAGGCCCCAUCCCUGCCUUCUGCCAGGGCGGGCAGGCCCUCAACUUCCUCAAUCUCGCCUCCAACGCCCUUUCCGGCCCGCCCACCCCGCUCUCCUCCCCCUCCUGCGCCGCCUUCCUCAAUUUUCUCAACCUUGCCUCCAACCGCCUCUCCGGCUCCAUCCCCGCUACAGUCAGCUCCUUUACAAACCUCAAGCGCCUGCACCUCUACAAUAACGCUCUCACAAGAGCAAUCCCUGCUGGUGUGAGCAAGAUGAAAUGGCUGCGGGGACUCUGGUUGUCAUAUAACAACCUAACAGGUUCCAUUCCCGCGGUUUGGCCGGCAAGGAUACGGCAAGUGCUGCUGGUGGGGAAUCAGCUGUCAGGGGCUGUUCCGGCUGCUCUGAGCAAGCUGAAAAAACACACCUUCAAACCAGGGAAUGAUAAUUUGUGUGGGACACCGCUGCCUGCCUGUGCUUAG